AUGGCUCAUCCUGAUCGCCCGACGACGCCAAAUGCUGCAUCAGUAAAGGAGAUGGAUGACACAGAGAAACCCAUCCAUAGGGUCCAUGAGAGCAACAGGCCGCUCAAACCGGACAAAGCUGACCCAUAUGGGAUGCAGGCGCGCUGGGCGAUAGCCCGAUAUCCGGUGUGCCCCCUGAAAAGACUAGCAGGCAAGACAGAGCCGGAGGCUGCUAUGGAGAAGGACGAAGUCAUGGAAGAGAAAGUUGACAAGGUCUGCCAGGAUAUAUGGGAAGCUAUGAGUGAAGUGAUGGCGCAGGAUGCUAAGGGACAGGGACAGGCCGCAGGAGCGUAUGCAGGCAGCGGCAUAUUCAAGAACGUCAAGGAUGAGGCUGCGAAGAAGCUGCUGACAGACAACUUCUCCGCACACAUGGAGUUGCCCGAGCUUCAGGAACUGGAAAGCGGCAUCAAAGAACAGAGCACCAGAGACAAGACGGCCAGAUUAAUGACGCUUGCAAAGAUCUACAGUGAUCUUUCACACAUAGACUUGGCUGCAGUCAGGAGAUGUGCAGCCUACAAACGGCUUCUCUCCGAGAAGGCGUUAGAUGAUGGGGACAAGCCGCUGAGGACGGACUCGAACACAAAGGUGCGCUAUGUCAUCUAUCCGAUGGCCUUGUUCUUCUUCUGCUUUGCCCUGCAGAGCUUUCUCCUCCAUGUCACCACUGCCCUAUACGUGCGGUACAUGGAUCGGAUCGUGAAUGACUUGGAUGAUUUGACGCAUGCUACUGGCACGGAUGACUCCGCUAACAAAGUCAAGCUUUCCAGCGUCGAAGGUGGUGAGAUGUUCGAUCUUGUGUCCCACCUCUUCGUGGCAAGGGAAGGAGCAGGAGAGGGUGAGGCUGUUCGUGAUGGCAACCUCAAGAUCCCCCUGAAGCUCUUAGACUUAUCCGGCUGCUUGGCAGACAAAGCCUGGUAUGAUUCCCGCCGGCCUCUGCGCGUCGGCCCCUGA